AUGGUUGAGCCGAUUAAUCGGCAGUACCGAUUAAUGAGUGCUUCCAUCUAUCGUGUGAGACCUGCAGUUCCUUGGAAGAAAAUAUUGAGCUCUACGCCUACACAUGCUUUGAUGAUUAACGCGUUUGGGCAGCAUUGGACAGCAUACUAUUUUAUUGAACUUCAUGCUACGUUUUUAAAAACCAUUCUUCACUAUCCAAUGGCUAAGAUUGGAACAUUAAUUUCCAUGCCCUACGUGCUGACGAUGAUCGUUACUGUUGCUACGGCCUUCUUAUCUACAAAAGCAGAAAACUUAUUUAGCGUCAACAAAGUUAGAAAAUUUUGGAAUCUUAUAACUUCUGUGAUUUGGUCCAUGUGUUUUGCUUUGAUGAUUUUUACGAAUUAUGGAAACACAGCCACAGUAUUCAGCUCUAUUAUUGGGAUAGGUUCCAUCGGGUUUAUGAAUCACGGUAUUAUGAUUGUUCCUAUAGAAAUGACCCCCAUUUUUGCAGGAUCUUUAUCGGGUCUUACAGCAGCAAUUUCUUCUUUAGCUGGAUGCAUACUACCUGUAGUGUGUGGCGUAUUAACCAAGGAAGAGGUAAAGUUUUAUUUCUAA